CAAAAUGGCGGCAGAAUUGUACGAGAAAUUAAUAUAGGAGAUCCAAUCAUCUCAGUUUUCGGAAAAGAUAUGACUAGAUUGCAAAUGAAAGCACCAUGGCAGAAGCGAAGAGGAUCCAGCUGACUGCUGUAGGCCCAGUUCAGUCGAAAAAUAAGGAAAAGAAGGAAAUCCCAACGCUUCGAUUUAACUUGACCCUCACGAAAAGCACUUCAAAGACCUGCCCGGAGUUCUCAUACACCGAACUUACUCGUAAUAUAUUGAAUGAAGCUAAGGAGAAUGAAGAAGCGAACCCAUUUUUGGACCCAGAUGAUCCCUUGGCUGUGGAUGACAGAGACAAGAUGUUGGCUCUGGCAAAGUCAUUUGAAGAAAAAUAUGGAAGCAAGCCCAGUAAGCGAAGGCGUGAAGAGCGGCUGGAGGACUUGAUAGACAUGGGGGAAGGCUACGAUGAGAAUGACCCUUUCAUUGACAAUACAGAAGCAUAUGAUGAGAUAGUUCCAUCUUGCCUGACCACAAAGCUUGGUGGGUUCUACAUCAACCAGGGGGCGCUGGACUUCAGAACCCUGGAGGAGGACGAAUCUGAGGCAGACCUCAAGGCAGUAACAAAAAAGAAAAGGAAGAAGAUUAAGAGAAUUACAUCAGAUGAAGAAGGAGAGGGAGGAAUUGUAAAAAGAGGUCCCAAGAAGAGGAAGUCAAAAGAUGGCGAGAUAAAGGAAAAGAAGAAGAGAAAGAAGUCAGCAGGAGAAAUGAAAGGAGAAGAAUUGUUGAAAAAGAUCAAAAGAGAGAGGGGUCGUCCAAAGAAACAGAAGGUGGCUCCCUCUGUGGCUGACCUACUUAAACAGCAUGAGAUCUCACCCACAUCUCAGGGGAAUACAGGGGGCGAUACAGGCAGCUUUAGUACAGGCGUCCAUAACGGUGUGACAGACCCAGAAGAGGCACAGAAGAUCGACUCCACCAUAGAGUCAGUGAUCAGUCAGUCGUUGACCCUGGCUCAGUCUGAGGAAGAGGAGGGCAGUCAGGGGGACGGGCAGUGGUCGGUUCCUGCUGUCCCUGGGGAAUUAGCCCCCAGACUCCCCACAGGCUUGUCUGAUGACCUGGAGAACAAGAUAGAACUCAUUAAAAAGGCAGCAAAACAAUCGACAGAGGGAAAGUGUAAAUUCUUUUCAGCUGCUGUCAAUAGACUUUUAUUAGACAUUGAACAAGACACCAGGGAAAUCAGUUGCUCACAACGAUCAGGGAUCUACAGCCACAUGGCCACCUUCCUACCCUGUAACAAGGAAACUCUGCUAAAACGGGUGAAGAAACUGAAACUGAAUGCGCAGGAUGACCAACUAAAGGAUCCAAUUAACAAACUCAAAGAAGCCAUAGAUGGCGCCAUGCCUGCUCUGAUGGACAGCUACCAGGCGGAGUGUGCCGCUGCCCACCAGGCCAGGUAUGACAGGCUUAUGGAAGCUAAGGACAAACUAGAAAGCAGCAAGGAUGAGAAGCCAACAGAAAAUGGUGCCGUUGUCCCAUCAGCUACAGGAGCUUCCACGGAGAGUGACGAGGAUGCGGAAGCCAGCCAGCAGGGAGAUAAGAAGAGAAUCAUGGCACCUCGCAAGAAGUUUGAGUGGACUGAAAGUAUCAGAGAGCUGCUGUGUCGUGUGGUCAGGCUGAAGCUCCAGGGCUAUGAGUCCACCAGGGCUAAGGGGCAGACUGCCGAGGAGUACCUGAAGGGGUUCCUGGAGGCCGAAAUUAAAACUUUGUGGCCCAAGGGAUGGAUGCAGACAAGGAUGCUGUUUAAAGAAAGUAAAUCGGCUCACUCUUACCUUACAGGUCCACAACAAAAGCCAAAGAAAACCAUGAUUGUGACUACAAGUCCCAAGCCACAGAUUGUAACAUCAGUGGCAGUAGUAACAACAUCAACAAGUGUAUCAUCAACAGUAACAGCAGGGACAACAGUUUCCCAGGAGAACAAGCAGAUCGACAUGAACACGGUUCCUAGCUCUCUAGGAUUAGGAGAGCAGAAACGGACUGACCACGCCUACAGUCAGAGACCCAAGACUCAAAUAACCACAAAACCUUUGACAUCAACUCAAGUGUCUGAACUGUUGCGCAGCUCUCCAGCCUCGGAAGUACUGAAGACUCUAAGUUUGUCCACAGGGUCACCUGCUGUGUCAAAUACACCUGUUACAGCAGUGGUGACAUCCAGUCUCCCUGGUACAGUGACAAAUAGUUCCUCUGACUUUAUGUCGAGUUUUCAAAACUUUGUUAAUAGCCAACAAUCUCCCCAGCUUUCCUCUCAGGUUCAGCAUCCUCUUACCAAGUCCUUGUUCACCCUGAGCCAGGAUUUAAAAAACAAAAUGCAGACCACAGUGACUGUGUCCAAAACUAAAUCCAAGUCCCCUAUAACUGUCACUUGGAAAGGGUCUUCAGGGGCCAUGAAAGGUCAAGGCCAUCAUUUAAUCAAAACCACCAGUUCUCCUGGUGUUUACAAUACUUCAGUAGUGGACACAACAAAAACCUCUCCAAAAACUUCCCCGGUGGCUCCAUUGAAGGGCCAAAACGCCAGCAUAGUGACCAGCAGUGGACAGCAGGUAUACAUUCAAAGAUCUCAGCAACCAGUUCAAACAAACUCAGUUUCUUCCUCAUCUAUGCAGUCGGCCCAGGGAAAAACUUCACACACUGCCAAUGUUGCAAGUUCUCUCCACAAAGAUCAGGGACAGAAAGCAGGGGGGCUGGCUGGACCCCAGGGGGCUACUGUCAGCCCCACACAUCAGGGCACCAAACCCAAACCUAGCGUCCCAGCAGCAGCAGCUGGUAAUACAGUAAGAUUACAGCAGGGGCAACAGUCCAGCAUCAUGUCUACAGCAGCUAACUUGCUGGACCAGAAAGGGAAUUCUGUUCUUGGGAGAACACCUUCCAGUUCUGGAAGACAAGGGCAGACAGGUGGUCUGCAGCAGGAUGCUAAUCACACAGAUAAAGUGGUAAAGACUUUGUUUUCAGGUGAUCUAAUUACCUCACACUCAGGCCAAGAGCAGGGUAACAGCCACAGAGGAGGAGGGGAUGCAGUGCAGCAAAAAACUGUAAGUCCUCAACAACAACAAAAACAACAGCUACAGCAACAAAUUCAGGCUAGGUUAUUGCAGCAGCAGCAUUUGACAGAGUACCAGCAGGCAGAUUUGGUGCAGCAACAUUUAAAGGCCGCAAUUCAACAGAAACAAAAACAUCAACAGCAGAAAGUAUUACAGCAACAACAACAGAAACCGUCUCAACAAAAGUCCUCCACCGCUUCUCAACAAGAAGCAAAGAGAAAAAGCAGCAAUGAGGCCCUGUUACAGCAUAUGAAACAACAACAGAUGCAGAGAACUCUCAGUGCUCAACAACAGCAACAACAGAAAAGUCAGUCAAGGUCUCUGUUGACAGGAGGCACUUCUGCAUGGACUAGCGACUCUGCUCAGCAAAUCUACUCAUCAGCGCUGACUUCCCCAGAGGUAGCACCCUCUCAGGGGUUGAACUACAAGAGCAAAACAGCGGCGGCAGCAGCCACACAGAAACCCGACUCUGCGUUCUGUGUCCCCUACAUGCGGAGUCUGUCCUCUGGUGGUGUACCAGGGGUGUCCCCCACCCUGUCCUUGGCUGGGGUCACCAGUGCUCUCCCAGGGGUCCCACCGUCCCUCACUCUGGCUGGAGCUGGGGGGUUUGAUAUUGUAGAAUACUUGAAAGGCUCCCCUGUCACUCCUACCUCCUUGUCAAGAUCUGCAGCUGACCUUUCACCAGCACAUGGUGGUCAGUUUGGUAACACCAGUCCAGUGGUUGUCCAGCAGACCACGCCCCCUCGUGCUGGCCACUCCCCUAGCCACUCCACACCAUCACCGCUCCACCAACAAACUUCACCACUUCACGGCCACGCGGCACAGUACGGACUGGGAACUCCACAUAUGUAUCCUUCAAUUCAUACUACCUCACCGCUGCAUCAUCUACCUCCUAACACUCUGCCGUAUGGGACGCACGUCACAGCUGACCCAGCUCAAGGCAAACACAAGUACUGAGAAGACCAGAUAUAGGGUGGAUAGAGCUCCAGACUUCCCACAGAUGGUCCAUACUGUCCAUGUCUUGUGCUGUAUUUAUACAUGUAAUGUGUGCUUGACUACGCAACAUGGGCAUCAUACGCACUGAUAUAUCCUGGAGUCUUCUUCACUUAACUGACAGGUUACAAAGAUGGAGAUGUCAACUUUUGUUGCAAUUUUGACCAUAGUGACAGAGAAAACUCAUCUAUU